AUGGGUCAAGAGUCCGGUGCGCUGGGAAAUGUGGCCGAAGUACAUUCCGCAAUUAUCAGCGGUCUAGUCACUCAAGGCAUUCCUGUUGAGCAGGCGCGAGAAGCUUCGCCUUGGUGGUUCACAUCACAACAGGCUAUGAGGGACCUUGUUGAAGGAGCGGGCUUUAGCUGGGUCAAGGGUGAGGUCCAGCUCACACAGGUAACAUUGACAGAAUGA